AUGGAUGAAAUUCGAUCAAACGAGAAGCAUAGGCAGCCAACUCAGGAUUUGGCCACGGAAGAGGCUACUGGGAAAGUGAUUGUCUUGGACGACCAUGAAGUCGAACAAUUCUAUGGUUCUUCUACCACACAGGCCUACCGUCUCAAGUCCGAGUUGGUAGGCAAGUGCAUGGAGGAAAUUGGGAUGGGAAAGUUUCAAUGGAAAUUAUUCGUGGUGACAGGAUUUGGGUGGAUCGUUGACAACUUUGCCUCCCAAGGAAUCGGCAGCGUUCAACCACCCAUCGAACAAGAGUUUUCUGGUAUCGUCCAAGUCAGCUACAGUUCUGUAGCAUACUAUGUUGGACUUAUCCUCGGCGCAUCCUUUUGGGGGAUAUCGAGUGACCUCAUCGGCCGCCGCCCUGCGUUCAAUUAUACACUUCUCAUAGCUGGGAUUUUCCUCUGUGCAGUGGCUGGCUCUAUGAACUUCAUUGCUUUCAGUGGACUUUGGGCUGUGGUUGGCACUGCUGCAGGUGGAAAUGUACCUGUCGACUCAAUGAUAUUCUUAGAGUUCGUCCCUGGAAGUCAUCAAUAUCUUCUCACUGCUCUAUCUGCAUGGUGGAAUUUGGGUCAACUUGUUGUGUCUCUGGUUGCAUGGGUCUUCUUGGCUAACUUUAGUUGCCCGACUGAUGCAACACCCGCAACUUGCCUUCGUCGGGACAACAUGGGCUGGAGGUACACUAUGAUCACACUCGGUGCAAUGUCACUUGCUUUCACAUUCAUCCGAAUCUUUGUCUUCAAGCUUCCGGAAACCCCGCGUUUCCUCCUAUCUCAGGGUCGAGAUCAAGAUGCCGUGGAUGCUGUCAACUAUGUUGCCAGACAAAACGGCAAGCCGGAGCCCUUGACCAUUGGGAUGCUUCGUGAGAUUGAUGCCAGGCUGGGCUCGGUAUCCACCGAGGAUGGUGGAACAACACGACUAUCAACCAAGGAGAUUAUAUCUGAGAACAUGCAGGCCUUCAGAGGAGAGCACUACAGAGCCCUGUUUGCCACGAGAAAGCUUUCUAGACAUACCAUCAUUAUCUGGGGAAUCUGGCUGACUGUUGGGAUCGGAUACCCACUUUACUUCAACUUCCUCCCGUCAUACCUAGCAACCAAAUUCACUGAGAAUUCUUCGCUGUACCUGACUUACCGCAAUUACUGCAUCACAUCAGCUGUCGGGAUUGUGGGCCCGCUGUCUGCUGCUGUAGCAGUGAACACAAAGCUAGGACGACGGUACAUGAUGGGUCUUUCGGCUGCUGUCACGGCUGUGUUCCUAUUUGCAUAUGUGGGAGUCAACAACUCCGCCGCGAGCCUGGCAUUUUCUUGCAUCACAAGUCUACUGGCCAACUUUGAGUAUGCCAUCAUGUAUGCCUUUACCCCGGAGUCAUUCCCGGCUCCACAUCGUGGUACUGGAACUGGUACGGCUGCUGCCCUUCUACGACUUGGUGGUCUUCUUGCUAGUCUUAUUGCGUCCCAGACAGGAUUUACCAGUGCACCUAUCUAUGCCAGCGCAGCCCUUUGGGUAGCCGUUGGGGUUUUCUGUAUUGGGCUGCCAUUUGAGACCCACGGACAUGACACGCUCUAG